GGGUCCAUCCUGAAGAAGCUGCCACCCUAUCCAAGGCCAGCUGGGGUAGGGCAGAGUCCAGGAACGGCUGGAGGGGAGGCAAGAACUCAAACAGUGCCCAGCCCCGCGGCAGCCUAAGGCCCAAGGACGUCCUACGAACCGGGCCUUCCUCCCACCCUUCCCGGUUCUCUUCUCUGUAGACCCCACCCACGACGCGCAGUCGGUUGUCAGUCAGUCCCUCGGGGCGGGAUUCCCCGGCGGAAUCGCCUCCGUCACGGCGCGGCGCACAGUAGUGACGUAACACGCAGAAGGCGUUAGCCCGCUGUUUAGGCCCCGGCGACGGUGGCGACGUCACUGAGUUUUAGGCGCAACCAGCCCGGAGACGUCGGGAGAACGCUGCCGGGCUCCCAGAGCCGGACUCCCGGAGAGCCCACGGACUGCGUGACUGGGGCGAUGAGGCGCAGCAAGGCCGAGGUGGAGCGGUACAUCGCCUCGGUGCAGGGCUCCGCCCCCUCCCCUCGAGAGAAGUCAAUGAAAGGAUUCCUUUUUGCUAAACUAUAUUAUGAAGCUAAAGAAUAUGAUCUUGCUAAAAGAUAUAUAUCUACUUACCUUAAUGUACAAGAGAGGGAUCCCAAAGCACACAAAUUUCUGGGUAUUCUCUAUGAAGCUGAGGGAAACAUUGACAAGGCUGUUGGAUGUUACAAGCGUUCAGUAGAAUUAAAUCCAACACAAAAAGAUCUUGUGCUCAAGAUUGCAGAAUUGUUGUGUGAAAAUGAUGCUACUGAUGGAAGAGCAAAAUAUUGGGUUGAAAGAGCUUCUAAGCUUUUCCCUGGAAAUCCUACCAUCUAUAGGUUAAAGGAACAGCUUUUAGAUUGUAAAGGUGAAGAUGGAUGGAAUCAGCUUUUUGACUUGAUUCAGUCAGAGCUCUAUGCAAGACCUGAUGAUGUAUAUGUGAACAUCCGCUUAGUAGAGCUAUACAGGUCAAAUAAGAGACUGAAAGAUGCUGUGGCCCAUUGCUGUGAGGCAGAAAGAAAUCUGGCCUUGAGAACAAGCUUGGAAUGGUAUUCAUGUGUUGUACGAACACUUAAGGAGUAUCUGGAAUCUUUACAAUGUUUGGAGGCCAAUAAAAGCAACUGGCGGACAACCAAUAAAGACUUACUUCUAGCCUAUGCCAAUCUUAUGCUUCUUACGCUUUCUACUAAAGAUGUUCAGGAAAGUAGAGAAUUACUGGAAAGUUUUGAUGAUGCACUUCAGUCUGUGAAAUCUUUCAUGAGUGGGAAUGAUGAGCUAUCAAUUACUUUCCUUGAAAUGAAAGGCCACUUCUACAUGCAUGCUGGUACUCUGCUUUUGAAAAUGGCUCAACACAGUGAGGUACAAUGGAGAGCUCUAUCUGAAUUGGCGGCCUUAUGUUAUCUCAUAGCAUUUCAGGUUCCAAGACCAAAGACUAAAUUAAUGAAAGGUGAUAAUGCUGGACAAAAUUUGUUGGAAAUGAUGGCCUAUGAUCGUCUGAGCCAAACUGGACAUAUGCUGCUAAAUUUAAGUCGUGGCAAGCAAGACUUCUUAAAAGAGGUUGUGGAAUCAUUUGCCAAUAAGAGUGGACAAUCUGCCUUAUAUGAUGCCUUGUUUGAUAGUCAGUCACCUAAAGAUAAAUCAUUUUUGGGUAGUGAUGAUAUCAGAAAUAUUAGCAUACAAACCCCAGAACCUGAAGAACUGGCUAGAUAUGAUAUUGGGGCCAUUCGAGCACAUAAUGGUAGUCUUCAGCACCUCACUUGGCUUGGAUUACAAUGGAGCUCAUUUUCUACCUUACCUGCAAUCCGAAAAUGGCUAAAACAGCUUUUUCAUCAUUUGCCACAAGAAACCUCAAGACUUGAAACUAAUGCUCCUGAGUCAAUUUGUUUAUUAGAUCUUGAAGUAUUUCUACUUGGGGUGAUAUUUACCAGCCACCUACAGUUACAAGAGAAAUCCAGUUUUCACUACAAUUCACAUCAGCCUCCAUGUUUGCCACUACCUGUAUGUAAACAGCUUUGUACUGACCGACAAAAAUCCUGGUGGGAUGCAGCUUAUAAUCUCAUUCACAGAAAAGCAGUAUCUGGAACCUCUGCAAAAUUGCGCCUUCUAGUUCAGCAUGAAAUAAACACACUACGGGGUCAAGGCAAACAUGGUCUUCAACCUGCUCUGCUUGUUCAUUGGGCUAAAAGUCUUCAGAAAACUGGCAGUGGACUUAAUUCUUUUUAUGAUCAACGGGAAUACAUCGGGAGAAGUGUUCAUUACUGGAAGAAAGUUUUACCAUUGUUGAAGACAAUUAAAAAAAAGAGUAAUAUUCCAGAACCCAUCGAUCCUCUUUUCAAGCAUUUUCAUAGUGCAGAUAUUCAGGCAUCUGAAGUUGGGGAAUAUGAGGAAGAAGCACAUAUAACAUUUGCUAUGUUGGAUGCAGUUGAUGGGAAAACUGAAGAUGCUAUGUCAGCAUUUGAAGCUAUUAAAAAUGUUGUUUCCUAUUGGAAUCUUGCCCUAAUUUUUCAUAGGAAAGCAGAAGACAUUGAGAAUGAUGCUCUUUCUCCAGAAGAACGAGAGGAAUGUAAAAAUUACUUGCGGAAAUCUAGAGACUACUUAAUAAAGAUUUCAGAUGAAAGUUGCACAGAUCCUGCUGUAGCUAGGAAGCUUCCAGUUCCCUUGGAGUCUGUAAAAGAGAUGCUUAACUCAGUAAUGCAAGAACUUGAGGAAUAUAGUGAAGGAGGUCCUCAUUGUAAAAAUGGUUCACCCCGAAAUAUAGAUUCUGAAAUAAAACAUUCUACACCAUCUCCAACCAAAUUUUCGUUGUCACCAAGUAAAAGUUACAAGUUUUCUCCUAAAACUCCACCUCGAUGGGCUGAAGAUCAAAAUUCUUUAUUGAAAAUGAUCUGCCAGCAAGUAGAAGCUAUUAAGAAAGAAAUGCAUGAAUUGAAGCUAAACAGCAGUAAUUCUACUAUUUCCCCUCACCGUUGGCCUGCAGAAGCUUAUGGAACAGAUUCUAUGCCAGAGGGGUAUCAAGGAUCACAAAACUACCAUGGAGCUCCACUAACAGUUGCAACUACUGGCCCAUCAGUGUAUUACAGUCAGUCACCAGCUUAUAAUUCCCAGUAUCUUCUCAGAACAGCAGCUAAUGUUACACCAACAAAGGCUCCAGUAUAUGGCAUGAAUCGGCUUACACCUCAACAGCAUAUUUAUGCUUAUCCUCAACAAAUGCAUACACCACCAGUGCAAAAUCCACCUGCCUGUAUGUUCUCUCAAGAAAUGUAUGGUCCUCCAUUGCGUUUUGAUUCUCCUGCAACUGGAAUUUUGUCACCACGUGGAGAUGAUUACUUUAAUUACAAUGUUCAACAGACAAACACAAAUCCACCUUUGCCUGAACCAGGUUAUUUCACAAAACCUCCAGUUGUACCUCAUCCUUCAAAAUCUGUGGAAUCCAGGGUUAUAGAAUUUGGCAAAUCUAACUUUGGACAGCCUUUGCCAGGUGAAGGAACAAGGCCACCUUUAACAACAUCGGCACAAGCAACACAGCCAGCUACCUUUAAAUUUAAUUCCAAUUUUAAGUCUAAUGAUGGUGACUUUACAUUUUCAUCACCUGAGGUUGGGGGACACCCUCCACCUGGAGCUUUCAGUAACAGCGAGAGCCUCCUAGGUCUCUUAACUUCAGAUAAACCCACACAAGAUGAAGGUUACAGUGGACCAAAGCCAAUUCCUAGUCAAACAAAUACACCCAGGAAUACAUUCAGUUUUGGUAGCAAAAAUAUUUCUAAUGUUUCAUUUCCAGAAGGCAUGGGACAAAGUCAGUGUAAAAAUUCUCUUUUUGGUCGUAAUGAUGACAUGUUUACUUUCCCAGGUCCAGGUAAAUCUGUAUUUGGAACACCAACUUCAGACUUAGCAAAUAAGAGCCAUGAUACAGAUGGAGGAAGUGCCCAUGGAGAUGAUGAUGAUGAUGGCCCUCACUUUGAACCAGUAGUCCCACUCCCUGAUAAGAUAGAAGUGAAAACUGGUGAGGAAGAUGAAGAAGAAUUCUUUUGUAAUCGCGCAAAAUUAUUCCGCUUUGAUGCAGAAUCUAAAGAAUGGAAGGAACGAGGCAUUGGCAAUGUGAAGAUACUGAGACAUAAAAUAUCUGGCAAAAUUCGUCUUCUCAUGAGACGAGAGCAAGUACUCAAAAUUUGUGCUAAUCAUUACAUAAAUCCAGACAUGAAGCUAACACCAAAUGCUGGCUCAGAUAAAUCAUUUGUAUGGCAUGCUCUUGAUUAUGCAGAUGAGUCACCAAAGCCAGAACAACUCGCAAUUAAGUUUAAAACUCCAGAAGAGGCAGCUCAUUUCAAGCGCAAGUUUGAAGAGGCCCAGGGAAUCCUAAGAGCUGCAACUUCAAAUAUUUCCACAGCAAGUCAAAAUGUUAGGGUUUUGAAAGAAACCAAGAACCAGGAUAGUAAAGAUACUGCAAAACCUGACCCAGGACAUCCAAAUUUUGGUUUUCAAAUUUCAAAGAAAGAUGGGUUAUGGGAUUGUAACAGUUGUUCAGUAAAGAAUGUUGCAACAGCAAAGAAAUGUGUAUCAUGUAAAAACCUAAAUCCAAAUAAUAAGGAGCUUUUGGGUCCACCAUUAGUUGAAAACACUCCAGCUUUUAAGCCUGGCACAGACAAGACUCAAGAAGGAUUUGGAUUGAUGUUUGCUAAGAAAGAAGGUCAUUGGGAUUGCAAUGUAUGUUUAGUGAGGAAUGAACCAACAGUAUCUAAGUGUAUAGCUUGCCAGAAUACAAACACAACAAAUAAAAGUACUCCAUCAUUUAAUCAGCAAACUUCCUUCAAGUUUGGUCAGACAGAUAUUUCUAAGCCCUCUACCAGUGAUUUGGGUACUCUGUUUCCUAAGAAAGAAGGACAGUGGAAUUGCAGUGUGUGUCUGGUACAGAAUGAAGUAAGUGCAAAAAAGUGUAUUGCCUGUCAGAAUCCAAAUUCACAAAGUCAACCCCCACACACGAUCCCAGCACCUACUGCUUUGAAGCUUAGUACUUCGGAGACCAGCAAGCCUACUAAGGGUGGAUUUGAGGGAAUGUUUAUGAAGAAGGAAGGACAGUGGGAUUGUACUGUUUGCUUAGUACGGAAUGAAAGUUCUGCCUUGAAAUGUGUGGCCUGUGGCACACCAAAUCCGGUUAGUAAACCUGUUUCAGAACCUAUUACAGAAACUUCUUCAGAUUUUACAUUUGGUUUCAAAAGUAAAUUAUCUGAGCCUUCUGGAAGUCAGGUAGUUACUCCCUUUAAGUGUGACUUUGCAGAAAAAGCAUUUAAAUUUGGCAGUACAGAACAAGGUUUUAAAUUUGGUCAUUCUGAGCAAGGAAACUCGCCUUCUUCCUUCACAUUUCAAGUUCCUUCUAGUACAGAAGCUAAAUCUACAAAAGAAGGAUUUAGUUUUACUAUGCCUGCACCAGCUGGUGGAUUUAAAUUUGGCAUACAAGAAUCUGGUGAUCAAAAGGGGAGUGAGAAAUCCAUUGAAGGAGAUGCUGCUUUCAAGUCUCAUGAUGUUAGUAACAAGCAAACUAGUGGUGAUUUAGUUUUUGGAAACAGUAGUAGCACUUUCACUUUUGCUGACCUUGCAAAAUCAUCUGUAGGGGAAGGAUUUCAGUUUGGCAAAAAAGAUCCAAAUUUUAAAGGAUUUUCAGGUGCAGGUGAAAAACUCUUUUCAUCCCAGAGUGUUAAAAUGUCCCCUAAGGCCAAUACAUCAUCAGACAUUGAGAAGGAUGAUGAUGCUUAUAAGACUGAGGACAAUGAUGAUAUCCAUUUCGAGCCUGUAGUUCAGAUGCCUGAAAAAGUGGAGCUUGUUACAGGAGAAGAGGAUGAAAAGGUUCUGUACUCACAGAGGGUGAAAUUAUUUAGAUUUGAUGCAGAGAUAAGUCAAUGGAAAGAAAGGGGUUUAGGAAAUUUAAAGAUUCUUAAAAAUGAAGUCAAUGGCAAACUAAGAAUGCUGAUGAGACGAGAACAAGUACUAAAAGUUUGUGCUAAUCAUUGGAUCACUACUACCAUGAACCUGAAACCGUUAUCUGGUUCAGACAGAGCAUGGAUGUGGCUAGCCAGUGAUUUUUCUGAUGGUGAUGCUAAACUGGAACAAUUGGCAGCUAAAUUUAAAACACCAGAGCUGGCUGAAGAAUUCAAACAGAAAUUUGAAGAAUGCCAGAGACUUUUGCUAGAUAUACCACUUCAAACACCUCAUAAACUUGUAGAUACUGGCAGAGCUGCAAAACUAAUACAGAGAGCUGAAGAAAUGAAAAGUGGGCUAAAAGAUCUCAAAACAUUUUUGACAAAUGACAAAAAGCUUACUGAGGAAGAGAAUAGUAGUUCAGGGUUAGCAGUUAGUGCUUCUGACCUAACACUAAAACCACAUGCUGAAACCACUGGACCUUCAUUAGAAUGGGAUAAUUAUGACUUAAGAGAGGAUGCUUUGGAUGAUAGUGUAAGUAGUAAUUCAGUAUAUGCAUCUCCAUUAACCAAUAGUCCCGUGAGGAAAAAUCUCUUCCGCUUUGGUGAUUCUACAACAGGAUUUAAUUUCAGUUUUAAAUCUGCUCUGAGUCCAUCCAAAUCUCCUGCCAAGUUGAAUCAGAGUAGGACUUCUGUUGGCACUGAUGAAGAAUCUGAUGUUACCCAAGAAGAAGAGAAAGAUGGACAAUACUUUGAGCCGGUUGUACCAUUACCUGAUUUGGUAGAAGUGUCCAGUGGUGAGGAAAAUGAGCAAGUUGUCUUUAGUCAUCGAGCCAAACUCUAUAGAUAUGAUAAAGAUGCUGGGCAGUGGAAGGAAAGAGGAAUAGGUGAUAUAAAGAUUUUGCAGAAUUAUGAUAAUAAACAUGUGCGAAUAGUAAUGCGAAGGGACCAAGUAUUAAAACUUUGUGCCAAUCAUAGAGUAACACCAGACAUGACUUUACAAAACAUGAAAGGGACAGAGAGAGUUUGGGUUUGGACGGCAUGUGACUUUGCUGAUGGAGAAAGAAAAGUAGAACAAUUAGCUGUCCGUUUUAAACUACAGGAUAUUGCAGAUGCGUUCAAACAAAUUUUUGAUGAAGCAAAACAGGCCCAAGAAAAAGAUAUCUUGCUAACACCACACUCCCGUGCCAUCACUCCUCGAGAAUCCCCAUGUGGUAAAAUUGCUGUGGCUGUAUUAGAAGAAACCACAAGGGAGAGAACAGAUUUAAACCAGGGCUCUGAUAUGACAGAGACAAUUCUAGAAAUUGGAGAAGUAUGUAGCACUUCUGAAACACCAACGAAAGCAGUUGUUUCUCCUCCAAAGUUCGUAUUUGGCUCUGAAUCUGUCAAAAGCAUUUUUAGUAGUGAGAAAUCAAAGCCAUUUGCAUUUGGCAAUAAUUCAGCUACAGGCUCUUUAUUUGGAUUCAGCUUUAAUGCACCUUUGAAAAAUAGAAGUGGUGAAGAUGUUUCAGGUGCAACUGGAAGAAAAACAGAGCCUGGUAAAUAUGAACCACAGAAGAAUUUGGACAUCAAGCCGUUUGCAGAAAACAAAGUGGAGAAGCCCUUGACUCCCUUUUCAAAGGGAGGGCCCUCAACUAACUAUGCAUUUAAAGCAUUAGAAAAGGGAUUUAAUUUUAGCCUUUUUAAAUCUAAUCCAAUGGCUUUUUGGACAAGUACCCCCUCCUCACAGCCUGAGAGCAAAGCUGAAGUGAAGAAGGAACCAGAAGAACUUUACACAGAUGAAGUACUCAUUGUAUAUGAGUUAACCCCUACUCCGGAACAAAAAGCUCUUGCUGUUGAUCUUAAACUUCCUCCAACUUUUUUCUGCUAUAAGAAUAGACCAGAUUACAUUAGUGAGGAAGAAGAUGAUGAUGAAGAUUUUGAAACAGCUGUCAAGAAACUUAAUGGAAAACUAUAUCCAGAUGACCCAGGUGAAUGUAAAGGAUCCCAAGAAUUUGUAGCAGGAGAUGUUCCAGGUCACGAUAAAGAAUGUGUAAUUAUCUGGGAAAAGAAACCAACAUCUGACGAGAGAGCAAAAGCAGAAACACUAAAGCUUCCUCCUACUUUUUUCUGUGGUGUUUGCAGUGAUACUGAUGAAGACAGUAGCCAUCAAGAGGACUUUAACUCAGAGGUUCAAAAAGUUCAGGAAGAAAAAAAAUCCCAAGAUGAUGAUGAGGAGGAGGAGGAGGAAGAAGAAGAGGAGGAGGAGGAAGAUGAGGAAGAGGAAGAGGAGGAGGAGGAAGAAGAAGAGGAGGAGGAGGAGGAAGGGGAGGAGGAGGAUGUUACAAGUUCAUCUGGUACAGCAUUUACUAGAGAGACUAAAGUUCCUGCUUCAUUCAUAUGUAAAUCUGAAGAACCUGACUCUACUACUGAGUCUUCUGAUGAAGCCCACAAUUCAUCUGGGGUUAAUGACAAACCUGUAGACUUAUCUAAUAAAAAAGAAAAUGAGGCAGAUUCCACAAGCCAAGAAGUGGAAAGCAGAACAUUAUCAUUUGGAUUUGGUACUAGUACAGGAUUAUCAUUUGCAGAUUUGGCUUCCGGUAAUUCUGGGGAUUUUGCUUUUGGUUCAAAAGAUAAAAAUUUCCAGUGGGCAAAUACUGGAGCAACUGUGUUUGGGAUGCAAACAGUCAGUAAAGGUGGCGAAGAUGAAGAAGGUAGUGAUGAAGAAGUUGUACAUAAUGAAGAUAUACAUUUUGAACCGAUUGUAUCUUUACCAGAGGUGGAAGUGAAAUCUGGAGAAGAAGAUGAAGAAAUUUUGUUUAAAGAAAGAGCCAAACUUUAUAGGUGGGACAGAGACAUUGUUCAGUGGAAAGAACGGGGAGUUGGAGAAAUAAAGAUCCUUUUCCAUACAAUGAAGAACUAUUAUCGAAUACUCAUGAGAAGAGACCAAGUCUUUAAAGUGUGUGCAAAUCAUGUUAUUACCAAAGCAAUGGAAUUAAAAUCCUUAAAUGUUUCAAAUAAUGCUUUAGUUUGGACUGCUACAGACUAUGCAGAUGGAGAAGCAAAAGUUGAACAGCUUGCAGUCAGAUUUAAAACUAAAGAGAUGUCUGAUAAUUUUAAGAAGAGAUUUGAAGAAUGUCAGCAUAACUUAUCAAAACUGCAGAAGGAACAAGUAUCACUUGUAGCAGAAUUGUCGAUGGAAACAAAUCCCGUAGUAUUUUUUGAAAUAUUUGCUGAUGAUGAACAUCUAGGACGUAUAACAAUUGAAUUAUUCUCAAAUAUUGUGCCUCUGACUGCUGAGAACUUCAGGGCAUUGUGCACCGGAGAAAGGGGCUUUGGUUUCAAGAACUCAGUUUUUCACCGUGUAAUUCCAGAUUUCAUUUGCCAAGGAGGAGAUAUCACCAAACAUGAUGGAACAGGAGGACGGUCCAUUUAUGGGAACACAUUUGAAGAUGAAAACUUUACAGUGAGACAUACUGGUCCUGGUUUAUUGUCAAUGGCUAAUCGUGGUCGGGACACCAAUAAUUCUCAAUUUUUUAUCCUUCUGAAGAAAGCAGAACAUUUGGACUUUAAGCACGUAGUAUUUGGGUUUGUUAAAGAUGGCAUGGAUACUGUGAAAAAGAUUGAAUCAUUUGGUUCUCCUAAAGGGUUGGUGAGCAAAAGAAUUAUGAUCACAGAGUGUGGACAAAUAUAAAAUCACUGCUUUUUUCAUAGUAAACUUUUAUCUUUGUAAACAGUUAAAUUGAGGCUUAGCUGUUCUCAACAAUAUGGUGAUUAUGUUCAGCUUUUGAAAAUGGACAUUUCCAAUGUAUAAAUGUAAAAUUGCAGCUUAUAGCUGUUGUCAUUUUUUAAUGUGUUAAAAUUGACAUUGCAUGGUGUGAAAUAAAAGUUUAAACACUGGUCUAUUUCAGGUGUACUUGUGUUUAUGUACUCCUGACAGAGAUUUGUAUUAAAAAUUAACAUGAAAUAAGUAUUGUUAAAGCAAUAUCCCUUCUUUGGUUGUUGAAAGAAUAUGACAUAUGCAGUUUGAUUCUGUUAAAUUGAUUUUAAGAUAUUUUACUUCCUGCAUUGAUGUACCGUAUGUUUUAAAAGUAAAGGGACCAUAACUUGGAUCUUUUUUAGAUUUUAAAUAUACUUGCUAUGAUAUCUUAACUACUGGUGUGCCUUUUUUUGAGGGGGACACAAAAAGUACAUGGAGACCAACCCAUUUAUAAUUGGGUGGAGCUAUGAAGAGAGCAGUGGCUUACCCAAAGUGCUCUUCUGAGGUUCCAAGAUUUUAACCUCCAUGUGUAGUGUUGAGUCAGUUUUUAAUGGAAUGACUUCCCUCUUCCAAUCAUUUGUAGCUUUCUGUGUUGUUAUAACAGGCAGGAAUUUAUUUUCUUAUAUUUUUUUAAUAGGUCAGUUGGCUUGUUCCUUAGCAUUUUGUGAAUGUUGGGCUUUACUUUCCUGUCAUCAGUUUCUACUACCUCAGAAUCUAUAGCCUGGUUCUUUCAAUAGAACUUGGAUUUUUUUUUUCCUUGCAGUUGAGAUAUAUUGCACAUUUAAAAAAAAUAGCUUUGUACCAUGUUCAUUGCUUCUAGUUACUUAAUACUAUGUUACUUUACUAUCUGUUCUUGAUGAAUUUUGUCAAAUAAAAGUAACAUCAACCAUAUAGCUAAUUUAAAAAUUCUUCUAUAGUUAGAUGUUCCUUUAGCUAUUCUAGCACUGUCAAAACCAGGGAGGGAAGUUAAAAAGGUGAGAAAACUAGUUGGCCAUGGGAUUUUAGGACCGUAAUCAAUGUAAUUUUCCCCUAACCCCUGGUCAGAUGCAAAUCAAAAAUAUGUGGAAGUACUAAAGGUAUAUCCAGAUAGUAAAUAAAACGGAAAGUGAGUGUGUUUGGGGAGAUUACAGGGUGAUUCUACAUGAAAAAUGACACAUUUAUGUGGCAAUUGAGAUAAGUUUAUGCCAACAAUAAGUAUAUACCAUCUACCCUCUAUUUUUUCUUUUUUUUAAAUCAGUGUCACAGUUCAGUUAGCCAGCUCAGUUUUCACUGUAAAGCAGUGAAUAAAUCAUAUUUCUUGGGGUAAUUAGAAAUUAGAUGUCUUGCAUAUUUAUCUGUUCAAGAAUAAAUUUUUUGGGAAGAAUUUAAUGGUAGCAGAGGAGGAUCUUACUAUACAUGAUGGAUGAUUAUUUUAAUGAGAACACCUUAGCCAAGUUUCAAAGGAAAAGUUUACUUUAACAAUUUUAAUUAAAAACUAUUGUACAUUCUUCAAGUUGAUUAGGAAAAUAUAGGGAAUAGUGAUUUCACUUAGAAGUGGAAUGCUCUGAUAUGGUUUCUUUGUUUAAAUUAGUAUUGUGUGAUAUGGUAGUAUAGAAAGAAGGGUUUUUAAAAAAUGAUUGAUGGCAUUUUUCAAAAUCCUAGACUAAACUUUGAUCUAUCAUCCCUCACUAAAUUUAAGGCACUAAGAAACACCUUUGAAUUGGCUUUUUUUUUGGUGAAUAUCAAAAGCCUUUAAAGCUCUGCAUAAUAAAGGUCAGUCUUUAUUGAAAAAUGUCAUUACCAUUCUGAUUGUGACAAAAUUUUUUUAAAGACUGGCAAAGAAUGGUUAUCUGUAUCAUUCUGUUUUCCCAUUCUGAUUCCCCCUAUACUUGGUCUAAAGUAAAAAAUGACUUGAGACAUUGUACCAAAGGUUAUUUGUCACAUAUUUUUGGAAGGAAUUUUGAGACUGCUCCAAUAUAAAGAAAAAUUGAACUGUAUAGAAGCACACAGCAUUAUAUUAAAUUUCUUUGUAACAUUGAUCAUUUUAUAUUGUCCUCUCAUUAAAACCUUAUUUUAAAUGGAAUAGAAA